AUGGAGAAUUCCACGGAUCCACUCACUUUGCCCGCCAAAGCAGAUAUCGAGGCACAGCCAGUGCAACUCGUGAUCAACGAAAAACCUCAGGAUCCUGAUGUGGUGGAUUGGGAUGGCCCUGAUGAUCCUCAAAAUCCCUUUAAUUGGUCUUCCUUUGUGAAAUGGCGACAAUUGAUCUUUAUGGCCAUUAAUACAUUUUUAACACCUCUCGCUUCCUCAAUGUUUACACCAGGUGUUGCAGAUAUUCUGAAAGAAUUCGGCUCUGAUAGCACAAUGAUGGCUUCCUUCCUGGUCUCAAUCUAUGUCCUAGGUUAUGUCGUUGGUCCAUUCUUGAUCGCCCCGCUGUCGGAACUAUACGGGCGCGUUCCUCUUUACCACUCCUGCAAUAUCCUCCUGUUGAUCUUCACCAUCGCCUGUGCUGUCUCGCAGAGCUUACCUCAACUCCUAGUCUUCCGGCUGCUAGCAGGUAUCGCCGGUGUCUGCCCACUAACCAUAGGAUCUGGUACUGUGGCUGAUAUGGUGUACAAGGAGAAGCGGGCUGGUGUCAUGGCAAUCUGGGCCAUGGGUCCUUAUAUGGGGCCGGUCGUUGGGCCUGUUGCCGGCGGCUUCUUGGUAGAGGCUGAAGGGUGGAGAUGGGUGUUUUGGGUUCUUGCUAUUACGAUUGGUGUUAUCUUUAUUGGCACUUUAUUCUGCUACCAGGAGUCAUAUGCGCCAAUCUUACUACGACGUAAAGCGGCUCGCCUGCGUAAAGAGACUGGAAAUCCCAAUCUCCGCUCCGUCUUCGAUGACGGGGCUAAACCACCUCGUCAGCUCUUCCUCGCUGCACUUUCUCGUCCAAUCAAACUUCUGUUUACCUCACCCAUCGUUUUCAUGAUGGCCCUAUUUGCCGCUAUAACCUAUGGAUACCUCUACUUGAUGUUCACUACCAUGACGUCGAUCUUCGAAGACAAUUACGGCUUCAGUCAAGGUUUGGCCGGGCUAGCUUACCUGGGCUUUGGAAUAGGUUGUGCCAUUGGUCUACUUAUCGUCGGACGAACAGUCAACAGAAUCGCUGCAAAACACUCCGCGGAGGGCCGGUUCUCGCCAGAGUCUCGUCUCCCUCCAAUGGUAUACGGGUGCUGGGCCAUUCCCGUUGGAUUAUUCUGGUACGGGUGGUCCGCACAAGAGAAGGUUCAUUGGAUCAUGCCAAUUAUUGGAACUGGCAUUUUCGGAUUCGGUCUGGUGGCUGUCUUUGCCUCUGUGAGCGCCUACCUAGUCGAUUCAUAUCUUCGGUACGCGGCAUCGGUGACCGCGGCGAAUGUUUUCUUGCGUUCAAUUUUCGGUGCUGUCUUGCCGUUGGCCGGGUCAUCAAUGUAUGAUGCUCUUGGAUUGGGUUGGGGAAACUCGUUGUUGGCGUUCAUUGCAUUGGUUAUGUGCUUUGUGCCGAUCCUGUUCACCAAGUAUGGUGCGAGGAUUCGGACGCAUCCGCGAUUCCAGUUGAAUCUCGAGUGA